AUGGGUUCAAGUUCGCCAUUAGCACCGCGUGGAACUUGUGGGAAUUCAGGGUCUCCGUCAUCCCCUUCUCCGUCUCCGACUGCGUACAACACCGCAGAAAGUAUCACAAAGAAGAAACUGUGGGAGUUACGACUCUUGUGUCGUCUCAUUGGGAUGCAUAGUAGACCGAACAUCGAAAAAGGCCAACGAUUCAACGUAUACCUCCCAAUCAAAGAAGAUGUAGAGACAAGUGCUCUUACAGGCUUCAAAAGUCACCCUUCUGGCAAGCCGGUGCGCUUGGAAGGGAGCACUGGAGGACUCAGCAGUAUCGUCAACGUCAAAGCUCUGGGCACCGUCGACAUCGGUGCAAAUACCAAAUGCCUGUUCUUCUUGAAUGAUGAGGAAGACCACCUCUUCAUUUGUUUCAACUGGUUCGACCCCAAAAAUCUGGUCGACAUUUUUUCACUUACUUGCCGGAUUGCUAGUAGCUUCAAAUUGCAACAGGAAAACUCCACCGCUGGCGCUGACAGCCAAGAACACGAGAACACAAUGUUGGCGAAGGUGAGACGGUUGCCUCCACUCCUGGCAUGA